CCGCUAUUCUGCACUACAAGGACGCUCUGAGAGAUUUCAAGGCCGUAAUCAAGAGGGAACCUCACAAUCGCGAUGCGAAGCUGAAGCUGAGCGAGUGCGAGAAGCUCGUUCGCCGGCUGGAGUUCGAGAAGGCGAUUGAGGUCGGCGACCCGCCCUCCGCUUUUGAGAGCUUGGAUAUCGACUCCAUGGCCGUGGAUGCUACCUAUGAUGGUGCGCCACUUGGAAAGGCCAUGACGCAAGAGUUCAUUGACGAUAUGAUCGAGCGAUUCAAGAACGGCAAAAAGAUCCACCGCAAAUACGCGUUUCAGAUCAUUAAGGCGGUUAAGGACCUCGUCUAUGCAGAGCCAACAAUGGUCGAGAUUGGUGUGGAAGAGGGUAAGAGGUUAACGGUCUGCGGUGACACGCACGGUCAAUUCUUUGAUCUCCUGGAGAUCUUCCGCCUGAACGGAUACCCUAGCGACACCCAUGCCUACCUUUUCAAUGGCGAUUUCGUGGACCGUGGAUCAUGGUCGACGGAGAUCGCUCUACUCCUCUAUGCAUACAAAUGGCUGCGGCCCAACGGGAUCUUCCUGAACCGUGGUAACCACGAGACCGAUGAUAUGAACAAGGUGUACGGUUUCGAGGGCGAGUGCAAGGCCAAGUACAAUGAGACGGUGUUCAAGGUCUUCUCAGAGUCCUUCUCUGCUCUGCCGUUGGCUACAUUGAUCGGCAACAAGUUCCUCGUGCUGCACGGCGGACUAUUCUCCGACGAUAAGACUACGCUGGAUGACAUCCGCAAGCUGAACCGCCACAACCAGCGCCAGCCCGGACAGCAGGGCUUAAUGAUGGAGAUGCUCUGGACGGACCCGCAGACCGAACCCGGUCGUGGUCCCAGUAAGCGCGGUGUUGGCCUUCAGUUUGGCCCGGAUGUCACCAAGCGGUUCUGUGAGAAGAACGGGCUGGAGGCGAUUAUCCGCUCGCACGAGGUCCGCAUGAAUGGAUAUGAAGUCGAACACGACGGACGGUGUAUCACCGUCUUCUCUGCCCCGAAAUAUUGUGAUACGACGGAGAACAAGGGUGCCUUUAUCAAGAUCGGGCCCGAGCUCAAGCUGGAGUACCAGGUCUUCGAGGCCGUCCCUCAUCCGGACAUUAAGCCCAUGGCUUAUGCGCAAAGCUCCCUCAUGUCGAUGAUGUGAGCAACUCGGCUGCUUUACAUGCUGGCGUUCGAGGGGAUUGGGCGCGAGAUAACCUCGCCGACCGGACGGAAGGAAGUCAGGGAAUUCUGGAAUUCGGAAUGGAUGCUGAACCCCUUGGGAUCCACAGCACGAGGGCGAUGUAUCUAUGGACUGAUUGAUGACGAUCUUGUGGACUUUGCAUAGCGGAAUGACCAUCUAUAUAUUUCUAUCACUAUCUAUUUUGUUUCUCCCUCGUUGCGUUCUCUUGCAGGUACAGGCCUGGGGGGUGUUGGAUUGGCUGUAGGACUUGUUUUCUCUGCCUGUUGCAUGCCGCUGUUGGAUAGAAGUUGAAGAUGUAGUACUAUGUAGUAGUUGGGGAGACUUUCUUCCUGAGGGGAGUCGGGGCUUUCCGACCGCAACAACCCCGCGGUUCCCAUCCCACUUCCUCUCUCUUCCACUCUCCUUCUUGACUCUCUCUCUCUCUCCUCUUCGUUCCCCUCUCCUUUUACUCCU